AUGGAGAAGCUAAAAAUAGCCACGGAGAAGGAUCUGCGGGAGGCUGCGGCAAUUGAGAGGCGUCGUAUGCGAGAGGAGGAGCGCAAGAAGAGGAUUUUUGAUCCAAAACGCCGAACAAUUGGAGUAGAUUGUGAUGCACUGAAUAACCAACUUGCGGAAAAGCAUCAACUUUUGGCGCAGCAGGAGGAAUUCCAACGGAGAUUUGUGGCUGAAAAUACGAGAUGUGCUGCAGUUCAGCAGCAACUCGAGGAGGAAGAGCGUUGCCAGCAGCGUCGGCUUGGUGAGAGUAUCAAUGACUUCCGGAGGCGUUUUCAGCGACGUGAAGAUACACGAGAGUGGGAUCUCAAUGAUCCAUUUAGUAAGUGGAAGACCCCGCCGGCACGAUUAAGUGACACUGAUCCACGAUUGAGUGUAUCCGGUGGGCAGUGCUUCCUCGGGGAGGACCUCACAAUGGCACAGAGGCAAAAGAUGCAGAAGCAGCAGCAACGUGAAUGGUUAGAGCAUCAAAUCUCAGAGAGGCGACGCCGUGAAGAGGACCAGAGGAAAGCUGACCUAGCACUGCAGAAAGCUAUUGAGGCUCGAGAUCGUAUGGCGAUGGAUCUGGAGAGGAAUGAGAGGACCAGCAAACGCCAUUGCCUUCAGCAGGAUGCAAAGAUUAAUCAAAAGCUUGCCAGAGAACGAACUGAGGAGUUGUUGAAGAAGCGACAGCAGGAGAAUGAAGACAACCUUGCAGAAAUGUGCAAUUUCGUUACGAGUGACCUCCUAACCGAGAAUCCCGAUGCAGCCAAUAGUGCCUUUGGACCAGGAAGAAAGAUACCCUACAUGUACCGCGGAAUGUCCACUGAGGAAAUCAAUCACAUUCGUGAAAGUCAAUCGCAGCAAAUAGCGGAGAAAAAGGAACGUGAACGCGGUGAAAAGGUGUGGGAGGAUCAAUGGGAUGGGCUUGAGAAGAAAUUCGCCCGAAUGUCAACUAUUGAGGAGAGAGCCAUGAAUAGACGCAUAAGGGCGCACAGUACGAAAGUUCAGGAGGAAAAUAAGGACCUUGCGGUGGAGCAGAAGAUUCAAUUGGAACACUUGAAUGGGGUCGUGUAUCGGAAUUCCCCCACAAAUGACUACUUCACCCAAUUCAACACAACAUCCCGCUAGAAUGGUAAUGAUUUUUGCGUUGGUGCACCCAAAAUAUCCCUAUUGCGAGGGACGCCACAGCAUUAACAUGGAGAAGUCACUUCAAAUUGCCAUCAAUUGUACAUGGUUGGGAAACAAUAAAGAGACUUUCCCUAUUGGCAAAACUUUUCCCAUUACUGCCGCAGUUGGAAGUG